AUGGAAAUUCCUCUGAGCGACGGAAAUAAACUCCGUAACCUCCAGAGAGUGGAUAUGAGUAGCAAUUCAUUCACCGGCCAUAUACAAGCAUCCAUAUUCUCCCAGCCAGCAUUGCAGUAUUUGGACCUUAGAUAUAACCAUCUAUCAGGUCAUAUCGAGGAAUUCCAGAAACCAUCUACGAUGCUGGAGGAAAUUUACUUGUCUAACAAUAAGCUCAACGGCACAAUUCCAACCUCAUUCUCGCAGCUUAGUGCUCUUACUAAACUAGAGCUGGGCUCAAACAAUUUCUUGGGUACACUGGAUCUGUAUCCUUACUUGAUGCUAAGGAACCUCUCUGUCAUAAGAGCCUCCAAUAACCCCUUGCUAUCAGUUUCUGCGGAGGAUCAUGAUGAUGGGUCUAAUAAUAGUAGUAUUAUUGAUACACUUGAACUUGCAUCUUGCGGCCUAACCAGGGUACCCAGUGUGCUAAAAUAUCUACCUAAACUAAACUAUCACGAUCUCUCCAACAAUAGCAUUCACGGCAACAUACCAGACUGGAUCUGGAGAAACAAGACUUUCUUGUACCUGCAGCACAAUCUGUUCACUAAGGUAGGUCAACUCCCUGCCUACACAUUCAUUGAUUCAUAUAUGUCCUCAACCUCAGCUACAAUAAACUCAGGGGCUCUGUGCCGUUCCCUUACGCAAGGGAGGAACUUGGACUGGUUAAAGUUCAACUACACAUCUCAUGGACUAAGUAGUUUAUCACAGUACACGAAGGCAGCGAUUAGAUUCACAAACAGAGGGAGCAGGAGAAGAGGAGCAGGCAUGCCUUAG